AUGCUUCCUUUUAAUGUUCUUGCUUUACUUAUUGCUUUACUGGUAAUUCAUUCUUAUUAUCAACAACAACAACAAGUUCUUCUUCUUCUCUGCUACUGGCGUUUGAUUGUUCUACACCAGCAGACCAUCUUAAUAGAACAGCGCAGGAAUAGGCGAAGAAGGCAAAGGCAUYGGCCAUACUGGGUUUUACCGCGACCAGUGCAAUCUUGGUUCGAGAUUCACUAUUAUCAGAUAAUGAUUCCGGAGCAAUUUUUUUUCCGCCAGAUGAGAAUGAAACGGGCUUCGUUUGAUUUGUUGUUGACAACGAUUUCGCCCCUCAUACAACGAGAAAAUACAAGAUUCCGAAAUUGCAUCACGCCGGAAAAAAUAUUAGCAAUAGGUCGACUCUAUCGACUGGCACACGGAGGAGGGUAUGAGAAUGCUGGAGUCGCUAUGAAUGUAGGACGAACAACAGCUUUUGAAGCUUUUGAGGACAUUGUCAACGCUUUGUACGAACUUAGAAAUGAAUAUAUAAAAUUCCCAUCGACAACAGCUGAAACGCAAGAAGUAAUUGAUACAUUUCAAAACAUAUCUGAACUCCCAAAUAUCGCUGGAGCGAUUGACGGAACUCACAUACAAAUAAAGGCACCAAUCGAAAGCAAAGCUGACUACUGGAGCCGCUACUCCCAAUACGAUUGUGUAUUUCAGGGUAUAGUGAAUGGCAAUCGAAUGUUUAUGGAUAUCGCUGGAGGAACAACAGAUGUCUAA